GUGUUGGUGCACACACGUAUUUCUUCCUGUGGGCAACCUGCUAGCCGUCACACAAGCCUUUCGCAGAAAAACACACUUAUUUACGAUUGGUAAACAUGUAGAAAAAGAUAAUCGUUUCGUAUAGAGAUUUUAAUUACACUUAAACGCAAGAAUCGCGUCGCUUAACCGUCGAAGUAUUAGUUGCGCUUGUAUAGCCUAAAAUAACCACGCGAACCUGUCAAAUAAGAAGCAUGAGGUUGCUGCAAUGUGUGCUAGUUGUUGCAUUCAUAUGUUAAUAUAGCAUACGUCAUGCAUUAUAUAACAUUUUAAAGAUUCGUGUUAGUAAAUAAGCAGUGCUUAUGGACAGAGAAACCUUUCAUAACUGUUGUAGUUUGGUCAAAAUGCCCAGACAAAUACAGCAGCAGCACUCCUCUCAUUUCAUUGAGUACAUAGAGAGAGAAAUACCAUACACCAAAUUCUUCAAGAACCACCUGAUCCCAAACCAUCCGUGCAUGUUCUCCAAAAAAUUCACAGAGGACUGGAACUGCAGGAAAAACUGGGUUACAGAAGAUGGGAAACCUAAUUUUCAAAGGCUUCUGCAUGAAUUUGAUGAGACUCCUGUUCCUGUAGCAAACUGCAGUGCAAAAGAAUACAAUGCCAAUCCCAAGCAGAUUAUGCCUUUCAAGGCGUUUAUACAGUACUGGAGAGAGUACAUACAGAAUGGACAUUCUUCACCAAAAGGAUGUCUGUACCUGAAGGACUGGCAUUUGCAGAGGAACUUUCCUGACCACAACAUGUACAAGACCCCAAUUUACUUCUCCUCUGAUUGGCUGAAUGAAUAUUGGGACACUAUUGAAGUGGAUGAUUAUCGAUUUGUCUACAUGGGACCUAAGGGAUCAUGGACACCUUUCCAUGCAGAUGUGUUUCGCUCUUAUAGUUGGUCUGCAAAUAUCUGCGGACGGAAGAAAUGGCUCCUGUAUCCUCCAGGUCAAGAGGAGUUCCUCCGAGACUGUCAUGGCAACUUGGCCUAUGAUGUAACUGCACCUGUACUUCAAGACAAAGGUCUGUACACACAGUUUGAAGAGGCCUGUCAGCCUUUAGAGAUCAUUCAAGAAGCUGGAGAGAUCAUCUUUGUACCAAGUGGUUGGCAUCAUCAAGUUUACAAUUUGGAGGAUACCAUCUCCAUCAAUCAUAACUGGCUGAAUGGUGUUAAUUUGGACAUCAUGUGGCAGUUUCUUCAGGAGGAACUUUCCUCCGUCCAGAGAGAGAUUGAGGAAUGGCGUGAUACUAUGGACACCUGGCAUCAGCAUUGUCAGGUGAUCAUGAAAUCAUGUACAGGAAUCGAUUAUGGGGAAUUUGCCUCUUUUCUUAAGACCAUCGCGAAUAAUCGAAUAUCCUCCUUGAAUUCAUGCCCCAGAAAUGCAGAUAAUUGUCAAGGCCACCUUGCUGAAACUCUAUUUGCUUUAGGCCCUCACCAUGCAGCAUUUGAUCUGCAGAGAGUACUGUAUAUAUUUGAGAGCAUGCUUAGCAAUGAAGAUUUUAAGAGACUGGAUCCUUCAGCCCUGAGCUUCAAACCUGAGGAAUUGCUUCAGGAGAUCAGAGAGGCUGUUCAAACCAUUGUAUAAAAUGCAUGUGCUACUGUAUGUGGAAGAUCAGCCAUGACAAAUACAUUAAAUCAAUCAUUUUAACAA